AACGUGACACUUACAGGGAACAAGAAGGAAGAUAACAAACUCCAGCUUUUAAACUCUUCACUGUGUGAAUUCAGUCUUCGACAGUAGAUCAGACCAGGUCUAAUCUAGCGUUGACUCGAGGUCCUGCUGUAUGGCUUCAUGUCUCUCUUUUUCUCGCCAGUGGUUUAUUUCUCUUUCUAUUUCAUCCUAAACCAUCUCUCCUCCCUCUGACGUGGGUUUAUUUAUCUCCACACGUGUACUUUUAGUUCCCCGGCUUCAGUCCACACUUGAACUUCCUGAACCUCUCACGUCAACAUCCCAGACAUCUCGAUGACAUGCACACAAAAAGGAGCAGACUGGUUUGCGAUGGACGCAUCCUGACGCCCGACAGGAGGACAAUGAACCUGGCAGUCCUGUCGCAUGGACACAGUGUAGAAGCCAAACCUCUAUGCAACACUUCCAACUGAUUGCAUAAUGGACUAUUUUGGUGACUCCAACCUUUUUGAGGAUUGUUUUAACUCAGGCCAUGUUUCUUUGGCAGAUGAGCUGGAUCUUGGCUCAGGGUUUGACCCUCUGCAGCUCAAUGCAGUGGAUCCUGAGAAACACCCUGGAAUGGUGGCAGGUUCUAUGCCAUCUGCUAACCAGCAUGAGGUAGACUACCAUCAACAAAUAGGGCAGUUUGACGGAAUGAAAGCCCAGACAUCCAUGACACAGUCUUUUCCUAACCAAGGAGGAGGAGGAGACGGCGGCGUCGGAGGCGUUUUCAUUAACAAGCAGCCCCAUUUUCAAGACCCAACCAUGAAUCAAGCACCUCAGACUAACGGACUGUAUCCCAACACCAGUCCUAUAUGGGGGGAACGCAGAGCAAAUGCCUACCACCAGCAGCGGCUGCAGCAUCAGCAGAUUCAACAGCAGCAGCGGCAUAAAGAACAUCUGCGUCAGCAACAGUUUCAAGAACAAUUUCAGCAUCGUCAAGGCCAACGUCAUCUACAUCAAUUCAAUCAGCAACAUUCACACCUUCAACAGGGUCAGCAAGUUUUGAGCCAGCAUCAGCUGUCAGCUCAGCACCAGAUGCCCCACCAACAAAUUAACCCCCAUACUUUACGUCCAAAGAGCUAUCCGGACCAUAGCAACUUCUACUACCAAGGAAACGUCACGUCCCACCAAGGUCACCAUGGCGCAAUUAAUUCAGAGGGAAGCCCUUUUCAUCCAGGUGUCGAUCCACAGUCCAAGUCUUACCUUAAUGUCCCGAUGAUUGCUGCAACAUCUCAGCAACAAAGUGGGUUUGAGAUGGCACAAACGGUCCAAAGGUUCCAUGGCGUUCCUGUGACCGAGGAAAGUAAUCUCGGGUACCAUGUACAGUCUUCCCCUGCAGCCUAUACCCUGUCUUCCUGUUCAGCCAGUAUGGCUUCAUCCUACCCUUCCUCUCAGUAUUCAUUUCCUGGUCAGCCUCCACCUGUCGUAACUUCAUCACAGCCUCGCAGCACCAUGCCACCUGGUUCUGAAAACGUUCCCCGUAAUUCCAGCUGCUUGUUCAUGGCGGAUCCUUUAAUGGAACAACGGCAAAAGGGGAGUCAGGUCCAGGUUCCUGGAAACCAUCCUCAGGAGUGUCCUUUUCGUAGCCUGCAGCCUUCUAAGCCAGUCCAGGAUGCUUACGGGGCUCCUGAGAUUUUCUCAGAAGGUCUAGCUUCGUUCAGUGCAGCAAACGGUCCUUUCUUACACGAGACUCAAAACAAUCACGGUGUCACCGGUAGCGGGUUUCAGGGUCUGGACGACGUCUCGUUGCUCGACCAUCAGCACGGAGGCAUCGGGGCAAUAGGAGAAGGACAUAAUAUCCUGGAAGAAGAGCUGCUGCCUGAGCUCGAAGCUUUUGUUCAGGAGGAGACUGUCGGCUGGAACAACAGAAGACACGACGAAGAACCUCGAGGGAACGCGGUCAACGAUUUGAAAGGAGAGGAAGAUGUGGAUUUUAAGGGUUCACUAACUUUGCAUUAUAAGGCACAGCCUCCAAAAAACACUAAUGGUUCAAGCAACCAGGCCCGGCUGCUCAGCCCGCCGAUGAAGAGCAGCUCCUCGUCUUCUUCCUCCUCCUCGUCUUCGUCUUCCUCGUCUUCGUCUUCACACUCGUCCUCCUCAGAGAAGCGCGUCCCCAAGCGGUUGCAGCAGAUGGAGGUUUCAUCGCUGGAAGACAAACAGCAGAAGGCCAACCGCAUCAUCUCGGAGGCCAUCGCCAGGGCGCGUGAGCGGGGCGAGAAAAACAUCCCACGCGUCAUGAGCCCAGAGAGUUUCCCCAGCUCCUCCGAGCCGCGCAAGCACAGGGCGGGAUCCUCUAAAUCCAGAGCAAAGAAGGGCUGCAAAAGCGCUCGAAUCAUCAAGUCUCCCAGAGAAAAGCAGAAGAGUCUGAUCAAGAAAAUAGUGAUAAAGAUCGGGAAGAAGAAGAAACGCAAGACGGAAUCUUCAGACGAGCUGUCGGAUGAUGAACCGCCGCCUCGACGACCCUCCAAAUACGAAGACUCGAAGCGUCGGUCAAACAGACAGAUAAAGAGGAAGAGGUACGCCGAGGAGCAGGAGGCCCGGCUGUCUGACGAGGAAACGAAGGUCAUCGCCAAAGCCAAGAAGAUCAACGCGAGCGCUCCGAAAGAGCCUAAAGUACAGCUGUUUGUGGAGAAUCCCAGUGAGGAAGAAGGUGCUGUGGUGGAUAAAAUUAUGGCCUCUCGCAAAGCAAAGAAGGAGGUGUCUUCAGGGGUUGUGGUUGAAGUGGAAGAGUAUUUUGUAAAAUAUAAAAACUACUCUUAUCUGCAUUGUGAGUGGGCAACCGAGCAGCAGCUGGAGAAGGACAAGAGGAUCCAACAGAAAAUCAAGCGCUUCAAGAUUAAACAGGCUCAAAGAGCGCACUUCUUCGCCGACAUGGAGGAGGAUCCGUUUAAUCCUGAUUACGUAGAAGUGGACAGAGUCCUGGAGGUCUCAUACUGCGAGGACAAGGACACUGGAGAGCCGGUGGUGUACUACCUGGUGAAAUGGUGCUCGUUGCCAUAUGAAGACAGCACUUGGGAACUAAAGGAAGAUGUGGAUCAGAGUAAAAUUGUGGAGUUUGAGCAGCUGCAGGCAGCGAGACCAGACUCUAGAAGACUUGAGCGCCCCCCAGCGAGUCACUGGAAGAAGCUGGGGCAGUCGAGGGAGUACCGGAACGGGAACAGUCUCAGGGAAUACCAGCUGGAGGGCGUCAACUGGCUGCUCUUCAACUGGUAUAACAGGCGUAACUGUAUCUUGGCUGACGAGAUGGGUUUGGGGAAAACCAUCCAGUCGAUCACGUUCUUGCACGAGAUCCACUCCAACGGGAUCAAAGGGCCUUUUCUGAUCAUUGCACCACUCUCCACUAUCGCUAACUGGGAGCGAGAGUUCCGCACGUGGACCCACCUCAACGUCAUCGUCUAUCACGGCAGCGCCCUCAGCCGCCAGAUGCUGCAGCAAUACGAGAUGUACUUCCGAGACUCUCAGGGCCGUGUGGUGAAAGGUGCAUACCGUUUUCAGGCGGUCAUCACAACGUUUGAGAUGAUUUUAGGAGGCUGUCCGGAGCUCAACGCGAUCGACUGGCGCUGCGUGAUUAUAGACGAAGCUCAUCGUCUGAAAAACAAGAACUGCAAGCUGCUGGAGGGCUUCAAACUUAUGCGCCUGGAGCAUAAAGUGUUGUUGACCGGUACACCGCUUCAGAACACUGUGGAGGAGCUGUUCAGUCUGCUGCAUUUCUUAGAGCCCACAAGGUUCCCCUCUGAAAGUACCUUCAUGCAGGAGUUUGGAGACUUGAAGACUGAGGAACAGGUCCAGAAGCUGCAGGCUAUACUGAAGCCGAUGAUGCUUCGCCGCCUGAAGGAGGACGUUGAGAAGAAGCUGGCUCCUAAAGAAGAGACUAUUAUCGAGGUGGAGCUCACCAACAUCCAGAAGAAAUACUACCGUGCCAUUUUGGAGAAGAAUUUCUCCUUUCUGGCCAAAGGAGCCGGCCAAGCCAACGUCCCCAACCUGGUUAAUACCAUGAUGGAACUGAGGAAAUGCUGCAACCAUCCCUACCUCAUCAAGGGUGCGGAGGAGAAGAUCCUGGAGGAUUUUCGUGAGGUGUACAGUCCAUCGGCCCUGGACUUCCACCUGCAGGCCAUGGUGCAGUCUGCCGGCAAACUCGUCCUCAUCGACAAGCUGCUUCCUAAAAUGAAGGCCGGCGGCCACAAAGUGCUCAUCUUCUCUCAGAUGGUGCGCUGCCUCGACAUCCUCGAAGACUACCUCAUCCAGAGACGAUACCUCUAUGAACGGAUAGAUGGGCGUGUGCGUGGAAACCUUCGCCAGGCCGCGAUAGACCGCUUCAGUAAGCCCGACUCCGACCGCUUCGUCUUUCUGUUGUGCACGAGAGCGGGAGGCCUGGGCAUUAACCUCACCGCUGCUGAUACCUGCAUCAUCUUUGACUCGGAUUGGAACCCUCAAAAUGACCUGCAGGCUCAGGCUCGAUGCCACAGAAUCGGCCAGAACAAGGCGGUGAAGGUGUACCGACUCAUCACACGCAACUCGUACGAGCGGGAGAUGUUCGACAGGGCCAGCCUCAAACUGGGUCUGGAUAAAGCCGUGCUGCAGAGCAUGAGCGGGAGGGACAACAGUCUCGGAGGAGGAGGGACGCUCCAGCAGCAGCUCUCUAAGAAAGAGAUCGAAGACCUGUUGAGGCGCGGCGCGUACGGCGCGCUCAUGGACGAGGAAGACGAGGGCGCCAAGUUCUGCGAGGAAGAUAUCGACCAGAUCCUGCAACGCAGAACCAAAACCAUCACCAUCGAGUCGGAAGGACGGGGGUCCACUUUCGCCAAGGCCAGUUUUGUAGCCUCUGGGAAUCGCACAGACAUUUCUCUGGACGAUCCUAACUUCUGGGAUAAAUGGGCGAAAAAGGCCGAGAUCGACAUGGACACCGUUAACGGCAGAAACAGCCUGGUGAUCGACACGCCGAGAGUAAGGAAACAGACGCGGCCGUUCAGCGCGACGAAAGACGAACUGGCUGAACUGUCAGAAGGCGAGAGCAGCGGAGACGAUAAGCCCAAACUACGGCGGCCGCACGACCGCCUCAACAGCUACGGCCGCACCGAGUGCUUCAGGGUAGAGAAGAACCUUUUGGUCUACGGGUGGGGCAGAUGGAGAGACAUCCUCCAGCACGGCCGCUUUAAGAAGCAGCUGAGCGAGAGAGACGUGGAGUGGAUCUGUAGAGCGCUGCUCGCCUACUGCCUGGUGCACUACAGGGGAGACGACAAGAUCAAGAGUUUCAUGUGGGACCUGAUCGCGCCUACCGAGGACGGCAGGACCAAAGAACUCCAGAACCACUUGGGACUCUCCACACCAGUUCCCCGGGGCAGGAAGGGGAAGAAGAUGAAGACUCAGUCCAGUGGGUUUGACAUUCAGAAAGCAGAGUGGAUCAGGAAGCACAACCCGGAGCACAUGUUGUCUGAUGACGGAUACAAAAAGCAUCUCAAGCAUCACUGUAACAAGGUGUUGUUGAGAGUGAGAAUGCUGUACUAUCUGAAACAGGAGCUUAUUGGUUCUCAGUGCCAGAAAGUGCUGGAAGGAGUUGAAGCAAGUGGGAUAGAGACCUGGGUUCCUGAGCUGGAUCAUUCAGAGCUGCCAGUUAUGUGGUGGGAUAUGCUCGCAGACAAGUGUCUUCUGAUAGGAGUCUACAAGCAUGGUUAUGAGAAGUACAACACUAUUCGUGCAGAUCCUGCUCUGUGCUUCCUAGAGCGGGUCGGCCGGCCGGACGAGAAGGCCAUCGCUGCUGAACAGAGAGCAAACGACUUUAUGGAUGGGGACGGUGACGAUCCAGAAUACAAGCCUGCACCCACUUUGAUUAAAGAUGACAUGGAGGAUGACGCUUCCUCUCCUGGUGAUCUGGUUAUAACGGACACAGGAGGAGAAGGUGGCUCUGUACUGGACGGCGGAGGCAGUACACUGGGAGUCGUCACAGGAGCGUACUGGCCGUCUUCAUCCGCCUUAACGGCUCGGCUGCGCCGCCUGAUCACCGCAUCGCAGCGUUUCACCAAGAGCAGACAGAUCCUGCAGAUCCACCAGACGCAGCAGACCUUAACCCCUGAAAUUUGCGCUCUGCCCCCUGUACUUACUGAUGCGAUCAAUCCCAAAAUAGCUGCCAAGAUCGAGAGACAACAAAGGUGGACCAGGAGAGAGGAGGCAGAUUUCUAUCGUGUGGUGUCUACGUUCGGAGUGGUGUUCGAUCCAGAGCUGGGUCGCUUCGACUGGACCAAAUUCAGAGCCAUGGCUCGGCUGCACAAGAAGACAGACGAGAGUCUCCACAAAUACCUCUGUGCUUUCACUGCCAUGUGCAGGCGGGUCUGCCGCCUUCCACCGAGGGAGGGCGACACAGUGGAUCCGUCUCUGUCCAUCCAGCCGAUCACAGAGGAGCGUGCCUCACGUACACUGUACCGAGUGGAGCUGCUCCGGCAGAUUCGGGAACAGGUUCUGCGCCACCCUCAGCUCUUUGAGCGCCUGGCACUGUGCCAGGCUGGCUCAGAUCUGCCUGUGUGGUGGGAGACAGGCACUCAUGACCGCGACUUGCUAAUAGGUGCGGCCAAACACGGAGUGAGCCGGACAGACUACCACAUCCUCAGAGACCCUGAGCUGAGCUUCAUGGCAGCACAGAGGAACUACAGCCAAAACAAGGGAACACAGGCACAAAGCCAAGCCCAAAAUCAAGCCCUUCUUGUUGGGCAGACGCGCACUCCAAACCCUUUAGCACAGACCCAGACUUCUGGAGUCCCUCCUUCACCACUAACUAACUCCACCCCUAGGGAGGUAACACCCAAGGAGGAGCUCUUGCUUUUAGAGGGCGAGGAAGAGGCAGGGACACAGAGCUGGCCAUCCCUCAGGCCUCCUACACCUACAGGAGACGGGUUGAAAGAGGAAAAGGAAGAGAACGAGAGACGGAUGGAGGCUGCGCGGACAAAGCCGCUCGCACCCAACCCCGAGAGCCGAAAACAGAAAAAACUUAGCAAGAGAAGUCGCAAAGAGGCACGGAGGAGGUCUGGGUCAGACACCGAUUCAGACGCAUCUUCCUCAAGCUCCUCAUCAAGCUCUUCCUCGAGAUCCUCGUCUACAUCUUCGACCUCGUCAAGGUCAGGAUCCAGUUCCUCGUCCUCGUCGUCUUCCUGCUCUUCUGGCUCGUCGUCUUCGUCUUCAACAUCCUCAUCAUCUGAAGAAAGUGAUGGUGAAGAGGCUUCAAAGAACACUGCAGUAGUGCCUGGUAUUAAAGGCUUUGACGAGGACAGCAUAGCAUCUCAUAGCACCACUCACGACGACACGCAGGACAGCCAAGUGACAAACGGCAUCGCUAACCUCUCCCACCCCUUCCACGGCGGAGGCUACAUGCUCGCUGCUUCCUACUGGCCGAAGGACCGAGUUAUGAUAAACCGUCUGGACAGUAUUUGUCAGGCGGUAUUGAAGGGUAAGUGGCCCGGGUCUCGCCGCGUGUAUGACGGAAGUGCUGCAGUGUCCUCGUUUUACACCACCAAGCUCAUGGACAGUGCAGCCAACUUGACAGAUGACCCCGCAGCCUCUCCUCAGGGUUCAAAGGUGAAGAAGCAUGAUGCAGACAGAGAAAAGGAGUUCUCAGUCAAAAUAAAUGACCAGGAAGGCAGUCUGAAGCUGACCUUUCAGAAGCAGGGUUUGCCGUUGAAACGUCCUCUAAACGGCGAGGAAGGACCUCUGGCUCAGCAGCAGUAUCUGGCAAGACUACAGGAACUGCAGAGCGCCUCCGAUAGCAGCCUGACUGACUACACCAAAACACAGAACAGCUAUCCACAAGGCCUGAGCGGACAGAUGCGACUGAACGGAAUGGUUGAUGGUCAGCCAAUGAUGAAGAAGAGGAGAGGAAGAAGGAAGAACGUAGAAGGAAUGGAUCAUCUCUUUAUGAACAAGAACAAACCUACUGCGAUGCCUGAUCAGCUUACUCCUGGUUGGAGCGGGGGCAUGAACCCAGCCUCAACUCCUAGCGCCUCUCAGGUCCCUGGGACUGCGGACACCGAGAGCAGAGUCCCCGUCAUAAACCUAAAAGACGGGACACGGCUCGCCGGGGACGACGCUCCGAGACGGAAAGAUCUAGAUCAGUGGCUGAAGGAACAUCCAGGCUUUGUGGCAGACGUCGGCGCCUUCAUCCCAGGGGUGAAUAAAAUACAGUUUCAGGACGGAAGGCCGAAGCAGAAGAGGCAUCGCUGUAGAAAUCCCAACAAGAUCGACGUCAACAGCCUCACAGGAGAGGAAAGAGUCCAAAUCAUCAACAGGAGAAACGCUCGCAAGAUUGGUGGCGCCUUUGCUCCUCCUCUCAAGGAUUUGUGCCGAUUCCUCCAGGAAAAUCCAGAGUACGGAGUUCCUCCGGAGUGGGCAGACGUCGUCAAACAGUCGGGCUACCUCCCGGAGAGCAUGUUUGACCGCAUCCUCACCGGUCCUAUCGUACCAGAGGAGGUGAGCAGACGAGGCCGUCGGCCCAAAAACGCUCUGGCCAAAGUGACUAAUGCAGCAAGCGUUAACGCAAGCACAGCUCUCGGUGUCAACCCUCUGCUGAGCAACGGGCUCAUGUCCGGUCUGGACCUGAACAGCCUACAGGCCUUGCAGAGCCUUCAGAGCUUCCAGCUCACUGCAGGACUCAUGGGCCUCCAGACCGACCCUGCUAACAUGGCUGCCAUGCUUCCCAUGAUGCUCUCUGGCAUGGCCGGUCUGCCCAACCUACUCGGAAUGGGCGGCCUGUUGGGAAAACAAGAAUCCGCCUCUGGCGAGGAUUCAGGAAAGAAGAGCGGAGGGGAAACAGCAGCGCAGACGCCAGAGAUCCAGUCAGAGAGGACAGAAAGUCCAAGCUCAACAAGUGCUUCAGCCUCAGGCCAAGCGCUAGCUCUCAACCCCUUACUGAUCUCCAGCAUGCUUUACCCAGGGAUGCUUCUCAACCCAGGCCUUAAUUUACCUGUGGCCAAUCAGGCACAAGCUACCAGUCCUCAGCCCACUCCUACAGCUCAGCUCGUCCCCUCCGAAGCCGCGCUAAAAAGCUCCGGCCAAUCGGAGAAGGACGUGGAGGACAACGGGGAGGAGCCUGAUGAACAGAAGGACAUCAGCGGUCCAGAGGGCUCGGGGAAAGUGGAGUCAUCUUCCUCAGACGCAGAAAGUUCUUCAUCAUCUUCGUCAUCAGAGGACUCGGAUUCCACCGACGAAGACUGAGCCUUUAUAUAUAUUAUAUAAAUAAAUAUAAAUACAUAUAUAUUUAUAUUACAUUUCUUAGAAAUGUACACAUGCAAACACGUAUAAGAGCACUUACUUAAUGAAUUAAGGGUUUUUUCCUGUAAAUAUUAGAACGGAAGUGUUGUGUAAUAAAGAAAAGGUAAAACAAAAAAAUGGAGGGGAAAAAAUGACGAGACUCCACAAACGCUGAAAUGAGAUUUCAGCGUUUUAGGUACAGCGUUGUUUUGAAAAGACAUUUUGCAUGUCCAGGAACUUUAGUAGAUUUAUUUUUUUUUUCUUUUUUCUUUUUUUUUUCCUUUUCUUUCUUUUUUUUUUUUUUUUUUUGUGAUAUUGUAAUGCACAGUGAUGUACAAUUGCAGAAGAUACAAAAUCAAAAAGAUAAUGAUUGGCAUUACUGUAUUAAUUAUAUUGGGAUUUAAUUUUAUUAAAAAAAACCAUCAAGGACGUUAUCGCUCAUGCCGAGCUGUAUAAUUAAUAUAUUUUGUGUGGAAGAAACAGAACUUGACUAUUUUGGUUUUCUUUUGGUAAAUAAUUUUGCAGGAUCAUACGACAUCUGAAUUUCAGACAGUCCAGUAAUUAUAUAACUUCAGCAAUAACACAGGCAGCUAACGAAUGUCACUGAAGCUGUAGAUACCGCCGUCUCCGAGCUCCGCUCUCCAUCUUCCUCCAUUUCUUCCUGCCACUUUCUGCAUUUUUGUCCUUUUAUUUUUUUCUUUUCUUUCUUGCAGCCCUUCAGUAGUAGUUUUUCUGUCUUGUAAUAUAUUAUAAAUAUUGUUUGUUCUGUGUAUCCCAGUACUAACUGUACGUCCCAGUAACCCAACAUCUUUGUCGCUUUUCCAUGAAAUACAACCAAAUACAUAUUUGCAAUUUAAGUAUAAAAUGGACCAUGAUAUUACCAGUAUAGGUGUAAUGCUAAUAACACAGGGCAGGUGCAGAUGUGUGAGGAUUGUCUGAGGCUGCGUUCCUGAGGAAAACGACGUCUAGUCGUGUUUUUUUUUUUUUUUUUUUUUUUUUCUCGUACCAAAUGUCAUUCAGUGAUAAUCUGGAACAACAUGGGUGAAAUCAAGUGUUUCUGGAAAGGCAUAUUGGGGGGAAAAAACUAAGUGUGUGCUGCCUCAUGUAGUGCUACAGGGCUUAAACCUACAAUGCCUUGUGUGUGUGUGUGAGCGAGAGAGAGCAAAAAAUAUUGCCCGUCUUUCUCCUCCAAAUCAGCUGGCUUCCUCGUGUGUGUGUGUGUGUGUGUGUGUGUGUACAUACAUCCAUUAAUCCUCUUGGUAAUUAUGGCAUGUGCUGCUUGUCUGUUGUGUUGUCCUUCACAUCCAUCAUACUCUAUUAUCAUCUUGAAGUCCUCAUUUCCAGAGUUUUGCAAAGUAUUGCUAAAUUGUUUGUAGGUAUAAAAAGCAAGUUAAGGUAUUUAAAGCAGUCUUUAAAGCUAAUUAUCAUACUGUCGGUUGUGUAUAAACAUCUCGUCGUCCGUGCUUGGAAAACCUUUUCCUUGGUGGAAAGCUCUGUUAUAGAGUCGCGUUCUUUUGAGAAAUUAAAAAUAAAGUGUCGUUAAUAUGCCGAUGCGCAGUUCCUCAUGUGCUGAGGGUGAGAAUCAGGUCAGAAAUGUGGCAUUUUAUUAUUAUUAUUAUUAUUAUUAUUAUUAUUAUUAUUAUUGUGUGUGUGUAUAAAAGCAUCGAUUCCGCUUUGUUGUUAUUCAGCGCAAAUCCGAGACACGAUUUCCGGUCCACGGGCGUCGGAUUCGUCUCAAUAACGACUGAAUCGUGAGCUAUUAAAACUGUUUGCUUUUACUCCAGGACUGAGUGAGGAAACCGCUUCAGGUCGUCACAUUCGUAGCAUAAAAACUCCUCUAAGAAGGAGUCACCAGUGCCAGUACCGGUUGUAUUCGUUGCUAAUAAUGACUUCUGUACGCUGAUCUAUUAACGAGCAGUAUAGUCAACUCGAGGGUUGUACAUUUUCACUCGACUCCUGAAGAAACCUCAGCUUUUUAAGCGUUUGAACUGAAUAGUUUAAUAAACCCAGGCAUCACUGUUUUAAUCGUUUUCCACCUCAACUUUCAAAUCUCAUCAGUGUGUAUCCACAAGUGCUGACUGACUUUUAACUGCCCUUUUUUUAGAAGUGCUCUUACACCGUACCUCUGAAUCUGCUCCUCACACAGAGGGCAGAAAAGCAUUCGCAUUUCCACGUUUCUUCAAAUAGCAAUUUCUCUUUCGUUCUUUAUUUCUUUAUAUUUUGAAUCUUGAUAAAUAUCUUUGACAUCCUGACAUUAUUUUGAUGUUCGUUGUAUCUAAUCUUUAAAUUAUUUGCUCUUGAUGCACAUCUCGAUUAUACGUCUGUCUGUUGUCUAAUAAUAAUAAAUUUAAUGCUUUCAUUUAUUACAUCUUUGUGCACAAGUGAGCGUUCAUGGUCGUCCUACGGAGAAGAAAAAAAUCCCAUUUAAAAAUUAAACAGACGAAAAGCUGGCCGUAAUUAUUUUCUUUUCUCAUGUAUUUUUAUUUGAACAUUUCUUUAGCUUUUUUUUUCUUCGUAUCUCCAUCUGAAAUGUCAGUUUAUUGUGCGAGAUGUUGAUUUAUUUAUCCAGUCCUGCACCACUGACCCUCUCAACCGGAUCACUUCCUUCCCAACACGCAAGCAGAAUAAAAAGCAUAUACACUACUGUAAAGCUGUUUUAUUUUAUUAUUAUUAUUAUUAUUAUUAUUAUUAUUAUUAUUAUUUCAACUCAAAUGAGAAAUAGAUGUUGAAAUGACAGAGAAAAUGGCCUUUCUGUGGUUUUUUUUUUUUUUUUUUUUGUUUUUUCUUUCUUUCGUAGUUGUUUGAUGCUCUUGAUAGGCGAUACUACAAAUCAUUCUUGUUUUGUUGGAUUUUGUUCUUUGGACAGUUGCAAUAUUUGCAAAAGUUGUGCUCUUGUGUUAGACGCAAAAACACUUCAUGUAGUGAUUACAUGUCUUAAGAAGUGAUUUCUAAUUUAUUGAAUUACUUUCUAUGAAGUCUCUAUAGAGAAAAAGAUUGAGGUUUAAUUAUUUUUAUUAAACGUAUUCUAACUAUCAA